AUGCAAAGUAUGGGACGGUGAUACAGGACAGCUAUUGGACACUCUAAAGGGCCAUCAGGACGAAGUCUUGGAUGUUGUCUUUAAUUCGACCGGCUCGAGAAUUGCUACGGCUUCGGCUGAUGGGACAGCGAAAGUGUAUGAUAUAGAGAGAGGCAGGUGCGUGGCGACUUUGGUAGGACAUGAAAGUGAGAUCUCUAAGGUCCAGUUUAGUCCUACUGGUUGCCAAGUACUUACAGCUGCUAGCGACCAUACCUGCAGGAUUUGGGAUUCUAUUACUGGUCAAUGCUUACAGGUGCUAGAAGGACACACUGACGAGGUCUUCAGCUGUGCUUACAACUACGAAGGUGAUAUUAUAAUCACAGGGAGUAAGGACAAUACAUGUCGUAUAUGGAAGGACAAUUACUUCAACGAUCCUAUAG